AUUUAAACUCGAGCUUGAUUCUUUCCAGGGCAUAUUUUAACGCAGACAGGGCAGUAGUUGAUAUUAGGAGUCGAAGUAACGUACUAGUAGAAUAUUGUGUUUUUGUUAUAUCAGGCGCAGGAGUUACCCUCAAAUAUAAAAAUGGCUGAACCACUGAAGGCCUUCUUUCCAAACAAGGCAGUGGGAAAUACAGCAAAAGAUCCAAAACGGCUGUCGGUUGAGAGAAUCUAUCAGAAGAAGACUCAGUUGGAGCACAUUUUGCUCCGACCGGACUCCUACAUAGGCUCUGUGGAGCCUGUCACCCAGCAAAUGUGGGUGUAUGAUGAGGAGACCGGACUGAACUGCCGUGAUGUAACGUUUGUACCUGGGCUUUACAAGAUUUUUGAUGAAAUCCUUGUAAAUGCAGCCGACAAUAAACAGAGGGACAAAAGCAUGUCUUGCAUCAAGGUCAACAUUGAUGUUGAAAACAACACCAUCAGUGUGUGGAAUAAUGGGAAAGGCAUCCCUGUGGUUCAGCACAAGGUGGAGAAGGUCUAUGUGCCUGCUCUCAUCUUUGGCCAGCUCCUCACCUCCAGUAACUAUGACGACGAUGAGAAGAAAGUCACUGGUGGACGUAAUGGAUAUGGAGCUAAGCUUUGUAACAUCUUCAGUACAAAGUUCACUGUAGAGACAUCCUGUAAAGAAUCAAAGAAGUGCUUUAAGCAGACUUGGUAUGACAACAUGGGCAGAACAGGGGAUGCUACCAUCAAACCCUUUGAAGGAGAGGAAUACACUUGCAUCACCUUCAGGCCAGAUCUGCCCAAGUUCAAAAUGAGCAUCUUGGACAAGGACACGGUGGCACUUAUGACCAGGAGGGCCUAUGACAUUGCUGGCUCCACCAAGGGUCUCCGUGUGUUCUUUAAUGGCAAGAAGCUGCCAGUUACAGGCUUCCGUAGCUAUGUGGACAUGUUUGUGAAGGAUAAGGUGGAUGAGAUUGGUCAGCCGCUCACUGUUGUUCAUGAAGCUGUUAAUGAGCGUUGGGAGGUCUGCCUCACCAUGAGUGAGAAAGGGUUCCAGCAAGUCAGCUUUGUCAACAGUAUUGCCACGACCAAGGGAGGCAGACACAUUGACUAUGUAGCUGACCAGGUGGUUGGAAAAAUCAUUGAAGUCGUAAAGAAGAAGAACAAAGCUGGGGUGGCUGUCAAGCCUUUCCAGGUCAAGAACCAUAUGUGGCUGUUUGUCAACUGCUUGAUUGAGAACCCGACCUUUGACUCGCAGACAAAAGAGAACAUGACACUUCAGCAAAAAAGCUUUGGGUCCACAUGUCCUCUUGGUGACAAGUUCAUCAAACAGGCCACAAAUUGUGGGAUUGUGGAAAGUAUCAUGAACUGGGUGAAGUUUAAGGCUCAGUCUCAGCUCAACAAGAAAUGUUCAGCUGUUAAACAUUCAAAAAUCAAAGGGGUGCCAAAACUGGACGAUGCCAAUGAUGCAGGAGGAAAGAACUCCAUCGGCUGCACGCUGAUCCUUACGGAGGGAGACUCAGCCAAAACGCUGGCUGUGUCUGGGCUGGGAGUGAUCGGCAGGGAUCGUUAUGGCGUCUUCCCUCUUAGAGGAAAAAUGCUUAAUGUCCGGGAAGCCUCGCACAAACAGAUUAUGGAGAAUGCUGAAAUAAACAACAUCAUUAAGAUCCUCGGUCUUCAGUACAAGAAGAACUACAGUGACCCGGAUUCCCUGAAGAGUCUGCGUUAUGGGAAGAUCAUGAUCAUGACAGAUCAGGAUCAAGACGGCUCCCACAUUAAGGGCUUGUUGAUCAACUUCAUCCAUCAUAACUGGCCAUCACUUUUGCGCCAUAACUUCCUUGAGGAGUUCAUCACGCCUAUUAUAAAGGCAUCUUUUAAGAAAUCCCAGAUGUCUUUCUACAGCAUCCCUGAAUUUGAGGCAUGGAAGGAGAGCCAGCCCAAUCACAAAUCUUGGAAAAUAAAAUACUACAAAGGUUUGGGCACUAGCACAUCGCAGGAAGCCAAGGAGUACUUCUCUGAUAUGCAGAGACACCGUAUUCCAUUCAAAUACUGUGGACCUGAAGACGAUGAAGCUAUUACCCUUGCCUUUAGCAAGAAAAAAGUGGAGGAGCGUAAAGAAUGGCUCACCAACUUUAUGAUGAACAGGCGCCAGCGCCGGGAGCAUAACCUGCCUGAGGAGUACCUGUAUGGUCAGUCCACAACGUCUCUGUCCUACAAUGACUUUGUCAACAAGGAGCUGGUGCUUUUUUCCAACUCUGACAAUGAGAGGUCAAUUCCCUGCCUGGUGGAUGGUCUGAAGCCCGGCCAGCGGAAAGUGUUGUUCUGCUGCUUCAAGAGGAAUGACAAACGUGAAGUGAAGGUGGCCCAGUUGGCCGGUUCAGUGGCUGAGAUGUCGGCCUAUCACCACGGAGAGGUCUCUCUGAUGAUGACCAUUAUUGGUUUGGCCCAGAACUUUGUGGGUAGCAACAACCUGAACCUGUUGCAGCCUCUGGGUCAGUUUGGAACCAGGUUGCAUGGUGGCAAGGACUCAGCCAGCCCUCGAUAUAUCUUCACCAUGCUCAGCUCUCUGGCCCGUCUUGUUUUCCCAGCUGUGGAUGACAACCUGCUCAAGUACAACUAUGACGAUAACCAGCGAGUAGAGCCCGAGUGGUACAUUCCCAUCAUCCCUACUGUUCUGAUUAACGGCAGUGAGGGUAUCGGUACAGGGUGGGCCAGCAGGAUCCCCAACUACGACAUCCGGGAAAUAAUCAGCAACAUCCACCGGAUGCUCAACGGCGACGAGCCUCUGCCCAUGCUUCCAAAUUACAAAGGCUUCAGGGGCACAAUUGAACAGGUGAUGGACAACCAGUACAUGAACAGUGGAGAGGUGGCCAUCAUUGAUUCCACCACUAUUGAGAUCUCUGAGCUGCCUGUUAAAACCUGGACACAGACCUACAAGGAGAACAUACUGGAGCCAAUGUUGAAUGGAACAGAGAAGGUUCCUCCACUGAUUACAGAUUACAAGGAAUACCACACUGACACCACUGUUCGCUUUGUUGUGAAGAUGACUACAGAGAAGCUCGCAGAGGCCGAAGCUGCUGGCCUCCAUAAAGUCUUCAAACUGCAGAGCCCCCUCACCUGCAAUUCUAUGGUUCUUUUUGACCAUGUGGGCAGCCUGAAGAAGUACGAGUCCGUGCAGGAUGUUCUCAAGGACUUUUUCGAGUUGAGAAUGAACUACUAUGUGCUGAGAAAGGUUUGGCUGACUGGCAUGUUGGAGGCAGAGAGCGCCAAGCUCACCAACCAAGCCCGAUUCAUCCUGGAGAAAAUCCAGGGCACCCUGGUCAUCGAGAACAAGCCAAAGAAGGAAUUGAUUCUCAUGCUGCAGAGGAUGGGCUACGACUCAGACCCAGUCAAAGCUUGGAAACAGGCGCAGGAGAAGAAUGAGGAGGAGAUGGAGGAUGAAAACGAGGAUGAGGAGAAGGAGGACACCAGUGGGCCAGACUACAACUACCUGCUCAGCAUGCCCAUGUGGUUCCUGACCAAGGAGAAAAAGGAGGAGCUGUGCAAACAGAGGGAUGCAAAGUUGGCAGAACUGAACACUCUGAAGAAAAAGACUCCAUCGGACUUGUGGAAAGAAGACCUGGCUGCCUUUACAGAGGAGCUGGAUCGCGUUGAGGCCAAAGAAAAGGAGAAUGCCACUGCGCCUUGUGUGAAGGGCACUAAGAAGACCAAAGCGCUGAAGGUGAAGCAGGAGACUCUGCCCACGCCACAGGGCCGCCGCGUUGUCCCACGCAUCACCAGCACCAUGAAAGCUGAAGCCAACAGGAAGGCUGAUAUUAAGAAAGAAGGCAAGAGGGGCAAGAAAGCAAAGAGUGAAAAUCUAGUGAUGAAGAUGGAGUUUGGCGAAGACUCUGAGAACAGAGAGCCAAGUGAGGAUGUUGGUUUGGCAGCACGUCUCACCAAGAAAAGUAGAAUCCAGACUAAGGAAAAAGCGUCCAAAACAGGCAAGCAAACCACUCUCCAGUUCAAACCCGUUUCCAAGAAGGCUCAGACGAACCCAUGGUCCGACGAUGAGCCUGAAAACCUGUCGGAGGGUGAGAUGGAAACGGACGAGGUGGUUGCCCCUAGGGAGCGCGUCGAACGCAAAACCAAAACUGCUGUAAAGUACAACUUGUCUGACAGCGAGGAUGAAUGUGAUGACUGGGUGAAGAGCAAUGCACCAAAACGGAAAGCCGUCGUCAGCGACGAUGAUGUCAGCUUCGCCCUGGAGGCCAGUAGCGUGGCUGACAGUGAGGUGGACUCUCCAGCUCCACCUCCCAAAGCUCCACAACCUGCCAAGAAAGUGGCAAAGAGCAACGCAGCCAAAAAACCUGGCACAAGCUCCAGCUCUCAGUCAGAGGAUCAGGCGCCAGCAUCCAAGCCUCCAGCCCAAACUAAGGCCAAAGAGCGUGCUCCCAAGAAAGCUGCUGCUCCCAAGAAGCCAGCUGCACCCAAGAAGAAGGUGGCAGAUGUGAAGCAGCCGUCUAUCGUGGAUGCUCUGUCCAAGCCCAAACCUUCCAGCAAGCCGGCCAAGAAGCUCCCGUCCUUCAAUUCCAGCGACUCUGAGUGUGACGCUGCGCCCGUGGCCAAAAAGGCCAAAUCGGUGGCUAAACGCAAACCGGUGACCAGCGACGACUCCGACAGCAGCUCCGACAACCUGAUGUCCCGCCUGAAGGCCAAGACGGCCGCCGGCAGCAAGAAAAUGAAGAAGUGGGAAGAAGAUGACAGCUUCGAGGUUCCACAGCAGCAAACAGGAAGCGCUGUAGCGGUGGCAGCGCGGGCCAAACCGUCACGUGCCCGUAACCCGGUCACCUACAAACUGGACUCUGACUCCGAAGAAGACUUUUAGACUUUUUCCUUUUUAAACCUGUUUCUCAUAGUUUUAGAUUAGAUUAGAUAGUCACUACACUGCUUGUGUGGUGUUUUUGUUCUUGUUCAAAUUGAAAAUUUAAAAAAGCCCUGAUAUUUAUGUAUUCAUGCCCUGUUCUAGCUUUGAUGCCUUCAUAGCUUGUCUUUUGUCAUGUUUCUUGUAAAUAUUUUCAUGGUGUUUCAUUUUAAAUAUAAGUAAAUAAAACUAACAUGUUUAAACACUG